AUGUAUUUGUUGCCGCAGCGUCUCCGCGUUACAGCAUCUUCUCCUUUCACUCAUCUUCCCGCAACGAGCGCAUUACCCGCUCCUAGAUUUUUUGGUAUUUUCUCGAGCGGCGGCAUCGACAAGAAAGAAACAGAUUUCUGGUUUAGAGAACAGUGUCGGGAGCUACAGCUAAAAACAGAUUUCACACAGUCAGAACUUUCCUAG